AUGUUAUUGAACCAGGAAGAGAUGAGACCGCCUGCCAAAAAGGCGACGAGGAUCUUUGUUGCUUGAAUCCCUCCGUCAGUCUCUGAAUCUGAUUUUCGAAGGCAUUUUCAGAGGUAUGGUGAAAUCUCUGUCUUAUACAUGCCGAAGGACCACAAGUGGAAGCAACACUGAGAAAUUGGGUUUAUCACAUUCGCUACUUCUGAUUCAGUGGAGGAUCUGAUGGAAGACACUCAUGAACUGGGAGGUACAACGGUUGCCGUUGAUCGAGCAUCACCAAAGGAAGAUGCUCCUCCUCCUAGGCCACGAGCAGCAGCUACGAUGCCACCCCCACCCGUGGCCGUUGAAGGUGGUUAUGGAGCUUACGAUGCUUACAUUACUGCAGCCACAAGAUACACAGCUCUCGGUGCUCCUACUCUGUAUGACAAUGCAGCAUCUGAUGUUAGGAGACCGGAACCAACGAGGGGGAGAGGGAAUAAGAUCUUUAUCGGACGGCUUCCUCAAGAAGCAACCGUUGAUGAUCUUCGCGACUAUUUUGGGAGGUUUGGCCGUAUUCAAGACGCCUACAUUCCAAAGGACCCAAAGAGAAGUGGACAUAGAGGUUUCGGGUUCGUUACCUUUGCUGAAAACGGUGUUGCGGAUCGUGUUUCCCGUAGAUCUCAUGAAAUCUGUGGACAAGAGGUAGCAAUAGAUUCAGCAACAACACUUGAUGAAGCUGGACCAAGCGCAGGUGGAAGUUCAAUAUUAAGCUCUUCUUCUCGUCCUGAAUAUUUUGGUCGAAUGUAUGGAGGCAUGAGCUUGGACGAUUUGGGAUAUGGAAUGCCGAGCGCAAGACAAUCAAGAUCAGACUGGAGGUACCAGACCAUAUUAAUAAUGCACCUUACAGACAUUAUCAUUGAGCCUUUGGCUUUGUCAGCUGUAUGA